UCUAAGAUUUAAAAUAUAAUUUUAUUUGUAACAAGAAAAACAGAAGCUCAAUUAAAUGAUGACUGAUCGUUUUGGACUAAAAUGGGACCCCAAAAAUUUAGAAAUUAGAACCAUGUCGGUCGAAAAAACACUGGAGCCCCUUGUUUUGCAAGUUACUACUCUUGUAAAUACUAAGGGGCCCAGUAAAAAGAAAAAGGGGAAAUCUAAACGUGCCAAUGCUUUGGUUAGUACUGUAGAAAAAGCCACUGAAAAUUUUAUUGAGAAAGGUGAACAAAUUGCUUAUGAAAACCCAGACAUUACAGACGAAAUGUUAGCUGCUGUUGAUGAGGUGAAGAAAACAGGUACUGCUAUGAGCAUAGCUGCCAGGGAGUUUUCUGAAGAUCCUUGUUCAUCCUUAAAAAGGGGAAAUAUGGUUCGUGCAGCUAGAAACCUUUUAUCAGCUGUGACACGUCUGUUAAUUCUCGCUGACAUGGUAGAUGUUCACCUCUUGCUCAAGUCCUUACAUGUAGUUGAAGAUGAUUUAGAAAAACUGAAAAAUGCUUCAAGCCACGGGGAACUUCUUGACAAUAUUAAAGCCUUUGGCCAAAAUGCCAAUGAACUGAUGAACCAGGCAGCUAAAAGACAACAGGAAUUGAAAGAUCCUCAGCUACGUGAUGAUUUGGCAGCUGCUAGAGCUGUACUUAAGAAACAUUCCACUAUGCUUUUAACUGCUUCUAAGGUUUAUGUGCGCCACCCUGAAUUGGCAGCUGCUAAGGCCAAUAGGGAUUAUGUUUUAAAGCAAGUUUGUGAGGCUGUCAAUACUAUUAAUGAUGUUGCACAGGGUAGAACACCUCAACCUGCUUCUGGACCUUAUGAUGGUCCUGGAGAGCUUGCAGCUGCAUUAGAUGAUUUCGAUGAUCAUAUGGUAAUGGAACCUCUUGCUUACAAUGAGGUUCAUACAAGACCAUCACUGGAAGAACGCUUGGAGAGCAUUAUUAGUGGUGCUGCCUUAAUGGCAGACUCAAGUUGUACCAGAGAUGAAAGACGAGAACGUAUUGUAGCUGAAUGCAAUGCUGUUAGGCAAGCUCUUCAAGAUUUACUUUCAGAAUACAUAACAAAUAUUGGCAAUAAAGACAAAAGUGAGAGUCUUAACAGGGCUAUUGACAAUAUGGGCAGAAAGACCCGUGACCUCAGAAGACAGCUCAGAAAAGCUGUAGUUGAUCAUGUUUCUGACAGUUUCUUGGAAACCAACGUACCUCUAUUGGUUCUAAUAAAAGCAGCUCAAAACGGCAAUGAAAAAGAAGUAGAGGAAUAUGCGGUCGUCUUUACUGAACAUUCCAAUAAACUUGUAGAAGUAGCUAACCUCGUCUGCAGCAUGUCAAACAAUGAAGAUGGUGUCAAAAUGGUUCGAUAUGCAGCUGCUCAGAUAGACAAUCUUUGUCCGGAAGUAAUAAACGCAGCUAGAAUCUUAGCUGCCAGACCUCGCAGUAAAGUUGCUCAAGAGAAUAUGGAAGCUUUUAAACAAUCUUGGGAACACCAAGUACGAAUUUUGACAGAAGCUGUUGAUGAUAUCACUACUAUUGAUGACUUUUUGGCUGUUUCCGAGAACCAUAUUCUUGAAGAUGUUAAUAAAUGCGUCCUAGCACUUCAAGAAGGUGAGGCUGAUACAUUAGAUCGCACUGCUAGCGGAAUCAAGGGUAGAUCUAACAGGGUAUGCAAUGUUGUAACAGCCGAAAUGGAUAACUAUGAACCUUGCAUUUAUACCAAACGUGUUCUGGAAGCAGUUAAAGUGCUGAACGAUCAAGUAAUGCCCAAGUUUACUCAAAGAGUACAGGUUGCAGUACAAGCGCUUGGUAACAGUCCUCCAAAGGAAGUUGAUGAAAAUGACUUCAUUGAUGCUUCUAGAUUAGUUUAUGAUGGAGUUAGAGAGAUAAGAAGAGCUGUGCUUAUGAAUAGGGCUGAUGAGGAUUUAGAUCCUGAAGAUGUCGAACUUGAUGAAAAUUACUUGAUUGAAACUAGAAGUAAAUCGAGUGCCCACACUGGUGAACAUGGCGUAGAUGAAUAUCCGGAUAUUAGUGGCAUUACAACUGCUAGGGAAGCUAUGGGGAAGAUGCCCGAAGAGGAUAAACAGAAGAUUUUACAGCAAGUAGAAUUCUUUAGAAGUGAAAAACUCAAAUUUGACCGUGAAGUUGCCAAAUGGGACGAUACUGGAAAUGACAUUAUCGUUCUUGCCAAACAUAUGUGCAUGAUUAUGAUGGAAAUGACAGAUUUUACAAGGGGUCGAGGUCCUCUGAAAACAACCAUGGACGUUAUAAACGCCGCUAAAAAGAUUUCAGAAGCUGGUACCAAAUUAGAUAAACUAACUCGCCAAAUUGCAGAACAAUGCCCAGAAAGUUCAACUAAGAAAGAUCUUCUUGCUUAUCUACAACGUAUUGCUCUUUACUGUCAUCAAAUGAACAUUACGUCUAAGGUUAAGGCUGACGUGCAGAAUAUUAGUGGAGAACUUAUUGUUUCAGGGCUUGAUAGUGCUACAUCAUUGAUUCAAGCUGCUAAGAAUUUAAUGAACGCCGUAGUUCUUACCGUUAAAGCUUCAUACGUUGCUUCUACCAAAUAUCCACGACAAGGGACUGUAGCUUCUCCUAUUGUCGUGUGGAAGAUGAAGGCUCCAGAGAAGAAACCUCUAGUGAGACCCGAAAAACCCGAGGAAGUCCGUGCCAAAGUGCGCAAAGGUUCACAAAAGAAAGUUCAAAAUCCAAUACAUGCUCUAUCCGAAUUCCAAAGUCCCACGGAAUCCGUGUAAAGUGCCCUAUUUUUGUUAUAAAUAUAAUAACCAUUUGUUAACUAUUAUUUGCCUCAUUAUUCUGUGACUUUUUUAUGUGACUAUAGAUUUUAGCAUUACAGCUCGUUUACUAACGCUCACCAUUCCUAAUGAAUUUGUUAGUCUAAGAUGUUGGUAGCUAUAACAUACUUUUAAUAUAUGAAUGGGUUUGGAUAUUUCUUAAAUCAACUAAGUCUUGGACUAGUGAGAUAAAGCUUUAUCUAUUAAUGAUACUUUUCUCGUUGUAUGCAUCUCAAUGUCGUUUUUUACCGUCCAGGCAAAAAUCAUCUUCAGUUUUCCAUCAUAUGUGUAUAAAUAUUUGUAGACACUAGCAAUAAUAAAACAAUAAAAGCGUUCCUACAGCUAACACAUCAGUGCCCAGGGUAUAUCAAGACACUUUCAUGUGCAGUUUUUCUUGCAGUGUUAAUGUAGCUAUGUUUAAUGUUUAUUCUUCAUCUGAAGUUGAUUCAUUACCGCAUUAGGUGUUAAAAUGAUACUUUUCAGCCGGGAGAGGCAGAUUUUAUUAUUUUAGGAAUACAAUAAAAAAUUUAUGUAUUUAUUAUUAAUACAUAAUGGGUAGAUUUUUCAAAUUAGGUGAGUGUUUGUACAUGUGCUAUUAGAAAUAAAAAAAAAAAUGUAGAGAUGUUGUUUUGGAAAUACAUAUCAACAAUCUACAAUAUAUUCAGUAUUUAUUUAUGCAACUUUAUCUUUAUAUGUCGGAUUCGGAUUAGGGUGGUUUUUGUAGUUAGAGCUUUAAUUGCAUCUUAUGUAUUUUAUUACAGUACUCUUGAUACUAAAUAAAAAGCAUUUUAAUAUAUA